GAAACUCGUUUGUAUCUUUUCGCUUUAAAGAACAAUCAAAUACGCGAAACGGCCUUGAAAAUGGGGUCUUGAAUUCAAGAUCAUGGACAAUUGGGCAGUAGUAUCAACCCUCUCCAUCCUUCCCCCUGAGGGUACGCAUCCGGAUAUUCAGACACCCCCUUGAAGCACCCCAUCUCCUCCCCACAACGGAAUUACGUGACGCGCGGGCCUGGCUUUUUCGUCGUCAAGCCAAGCGGGCUGGCAGGCAUGGGGACAUGGGGCAUGUGGCAUGGCGUGCAUUGUCGAGAUGGGAAGCAAGACAGACAAGCUGUACCGUACCGCAGUGCAUCCAUCGAGGGUUGGGAUCACGCACGUGCGACGUGGCUGGCCAGUCUGCAGAGAGAGUACUGUUUACAUGGUGCAUGUACUGUGCCAAAAGCACACCGCCAGCAAUAAAAAGAAGCUGCGCUCCAACCAAGGACCGGGCAACAUGUUGCGAGACUCGAAGGCCCGAACCCCUUUACCAGACUGCUGGGACGGGCUGAUGGGCAUGAUAGGUUGUGACCGAAUGGCCCCUUUGGGGUCUCCGCAUGAAAAGGCAACUCCCAUCAAGCAGAGGUGGGAAGCACCUACUACACACCGCGCACACACAGCCCUGGAAAACAUGCGGCGCACGCCUGGAAUUAUAAAAAGAUGGGAGAAUUUGCUGAUGAAGGCGGAAACGGCAGCCGCGCGCGGUGAUAAAGAACCCUGGAAGGACCAGGGAAAGAAGAGAGCAAGGGAUCUUUUGUCCUGUGCAGUGUGCAAUAUCGAAAUAAAUGUGGCACGACGGCAGGUUGAGGAACCGUCUGAUGAACCCUGCACACGGGAGAACGUGCAGGCGCCACAUCCUCACGGACCGCAGAAAAGGAGAGCUCCCGAGUGGGUGGUUGGGGUUUGACCGAAUUGGCCCCGCCAAUGACGGCACCUGUAGCCCUUGAGUGGGUAUCUAACCCUCUCGCUAGCGUGGGUGAUUUGUCGAGGCAGACGCAGUUGCAGGAAGGAAGCGCAAAAAAAGAAAUAAUGAACAAAGUCUGCGAGUGCAUU